GACUUUUCAACUAUGGAGAAUGUGUCCAACUCCAGCGGUGUCCCACCAUUCUGCAACGACUCUGUGGACUUCUACUCCCUUACGUCUGGAAACCAUACUGGCCUGAACUGCACUCUUCCUCCCUCUGAGAUGUACUUCUACGUUGACCUUUAUGUCAUUUUUCCGGUCAUCUACUCUGUAAUCUGUGCAGUGGGACUGACGGGCAACACGGCCGUCAUCUAUGUGAUCCUCAAAGCCCCAAAAAUGAAAACGGUCACCAACAUGUUCAUCCUGAACUUGGCCAUUGCAGAUGACUUGUUCACACUGGUUCUGCCAAUCAGCAUAGCGGAGCAUUUGCUGAACGACUGGCCUUUCGGUGAGAUUUUGUGUAAGGUCAUCAUCAGCAUAGACCACUACAACAUCUUCUCCAGUAUCUAUUUUCUGACCGUGAUGAGCAUUGAUCGUUACCUGGUAGUCUUGGCUACAGUAAGGUCCAAGCGCAUGCCUUACCGUACCUACCGAGCAGCCAAAAUCAUCUCAUUGUGUGUGUGGAUCCUUGUCAUACUCAUUGUUAUGCCUUUCACUGUGUUUGCUGGUGUCUUUGUGAAUGAUAAGAGAAAGCGCUGUGUCCUCAUGUUUCCCCCACCUGAGAGUUCAUGGUUCAAAGCUAGCCGGAUCUACACACUAAUCUUGGGCUUUGCCAUCCCAGUGUCAACCAUUUGUAUCUUAUACACCAUGAUGCUUUAUAAGCUGAGGAACAUGCGGCUCAACAGCAAUGCCAAGGCACUGGACAAAGCCAAGAAAAAAGUCACUAUCAUGGUGUUUAUAGUCUUGGCUGUUUGCUUGUUCUGUUGGACCCCUUUCCACCUCAGCACCAUUGUGGCUCUGACGACGGAUCUGAGAACGACGCCGCUGCUGAUCAGGAUUUCCUACUUCAUAGUAAGCCUGAGUUACGCCAACUCCUGCCUCAAUCCGUUCCUCUAUGCUUUCCUUGAUGACAGCUUCAGGAAAGCCUUCAAGAAAAUGUUGGAAUGUAGACCGGCCUGAAUGUCUGACACAGACGCGUACAGUGACUUACUGAGGGAGCGCACACAUGGAAUGGUAUGACUGCCAUUUAGCUUGGUUUGUUCAAGCUGCACUAGGCAACUUUGCACAGUUUUACAUGAUAGCAGCUAAAUAAAUUUUAAUAUAUGCUCUACGCCUAAUAUUCUGCCUGUAAACUCCGCAUAACGCGCUCUCUAGGGCAAAUAUGAUUGUAAUGCUUUUCGUAAACCAAAGGGACGUGAAAACAAAAAUCAUAAAGGUCUUGAAACUUCUUUUAAUAAGGGAUCCAAUUUAGGGUUAUGCUUGGAAUUAAUUAAUAAUUUACUCUAUAUGAGGAGAAGAUAUAAAAGCUGAAGUAAACCUUACAGCUGGAAUAUAUAUUUUACUGAAUUUGCCUAGUGCAGCUUAUGGAUGCUAUGAGAGUACGGAAACAAUUGUAAAUUGACAACGUUGUUUGCAACAGGAAAGGAGAAUGGCUACGGUUUAAUACUCACAGCAGGAAAUAACACAUAUGCUGUCACUGUCAGUAGAAUUUUCUGAUGAACUGGCCAUUAACUACAGGUUGAGGCCAAUUUUAAGAUGUCAGAAAAGAAAAAACAAAACAAUCAAAUUACAAGGCAGCAAGCUGAGAUGAGCCACUGCAAACAGCUGUGACAUUCUCUGAAUUCAGAGGACAGAGGAGCGUCAGCGAGGGCAGAGCAUCUGCUGUGUGAAGAAAAUCCACUUUAAACAACAUCACUGAUUUGCAUGCCGUCAAUCAAAUCCACAUCGUGCGAAUAGUCAGGGUUGCAGGGUGACGGGAUGCAUGUUGGGACCACAGGUGUUUUGUUUUUAAAUUGUUCAUCAUAUGUGUUGCAAAAAAGAAAGGAAAGAAGUGCUUUAAAAACAAGUUUAAGUUGGUUGGAUAACUUAAUUAUUAUGUGACGAUGUAUGCAAAUAAGUCAACUUUUACACUACGCUGUUAUAGGCCAAUCAGUUCCAUUUUUGUGGAGAUGUUUGAGUUCAAAUUUAAAUAUGACUGGAAAGAUUUAAGCCUAGAACAUUUCAAUUAUAUCUUUCAGUUUAAGUACAUUUAAUGUAUGUAUGUGUGAAAUUAAUGAAUAAAAGGAACCUUGCCAACUCUGACAACAAUACUGUAGGCCUGAUGUUGACAGGCAUGGGACAGGAGGGCUAUCUAAAAUAUUUUUAUUCUUCACAAUAAGUCUUUAUUUUUGUGAGCAACCUUUUGUUGCCCCCUGUUGACGACAGGGUGGCAUUACCUUAAAAAAUGCACCCAGAGCUUAUCACACAUUUCAACCCUGCUGAGUUGAAUGGAGAGAGGGAGGUACAUACUUAGACAUAUUUCCUCGUUUAACCUUUAUUGCAACCGUAUAAGAGUUUGUUUUCCUUUUCUCCAGUGCAUCAUGUUGUAAAUAACAGCUUGCUGCUGUGAUUUAGCAAACAUGUGGUGUAUAUUAUUGCUUUGUUUGUUUUGCUCUGAGUGCAAAAACAAAAGUGUUUGGAAUGUUAAAAAAGUUUAUUAUUAUGAUCAUGAUUAUUAUUAUUGUUUAACUUUAUAGAGGAAUUAACAAUCAGCCACAACAUUAAAUCCAGUUACCUAUUUUAAUGCUGUGGCUGAUCAGUGUAUAUACUGUAUACAGUCACAACAAUAAAAAUGGCAACUCUGUGCUUCAUUGUCAUAGUGAUGUAUGGUCAAAUGUCCUUCAUAAGUAAAACUUGUGUCAUACAAAAGAAAAAUGAAAUACAAUUCCAGUUGGUUACUAUGAAUCCUUGUCUUUUAUGCAUUCUGUAAUAUGAAUAAAAAUCAUGGCAUUGAUUAUAUUGUUAAUAAACCUUUUUUUCCACUUUG